ACUACUAUCAACUGUCACAAAAUUUGCCUGUUUUGUGUUUUGUGGAUGGAAUGGAAAUGGAAAUUAAAUAUUAAAAUUCAGAUGAAGGAGAAAACAAUUUAAUAAUUCUAGUACGCAAGUCCUAUUGACAAUGGAUUCGUCAUCUAUUGUAAGUUUUAACAAUGAUUCAACAUAUCAAACAACAAUAAAAGCAGACUACAGUAAUGUCCAUGAAUUAGCACUCCAUGCUAUGAGAGAUCGAUGUUUAUUACUUCAACGCAGAAUAAAUACUUUGGAGACAGAUAACAUGCGUUUAAAACUGGAUAAUACUAAAGUAGCCGAAAAAUCUUCAUACACACCUGUACCAGAAGACGACAAGCUAUCUCUGCAUCAAAAGAUAGCCGAACUAAAUAAACAAAAGUCACAACUGCUGCAUCAUGUUUUUAUGGUUUCGUGUGAAAACAAGAACUUGUGGAGCAAGAUAGCUACGUUAAAAGGGUCAGAAAAGUCAAUGCGGGAACGUCCUAAACAGCCUUUGAUACGCACUAACACAUACAUACACAGUACUCCUAACUACAGCACACAAAACCAAGAAAAAUACUCUGACUCAAGUUUAGAAGAAAUAUCUUUGAAAUUAAUAAACAGUUACAUUCAGGAAAAGUCACAACUAGUAGAACAGUAUGAACAAAUGACACAGCUCCAAGAAAUGGAUGAUGAUGCUUUGAAUAUAGAUUCUAUAGGUUUCACAUAUAUGGAAGAUCCAGCAACAGAUUCACUCAAAGAAAUUUGUAGUCAAACUGAAAAAUUACAGUGUUUGAAGAAAGAUCUAGCACAACAAGAAAAAGAUUUAAAAAUGGUUAUAUCAAGGAUAGAAAUUAUAAUGAAAGAAGGCUAUAAAUGUCCAACAUGCCUGGCAAACAAAUCAAAAAGUAUAGUAUGUGAAAAUAAGGAAACAGAAACUACUGAUAGUCUUCUAGAAAGGACACCAAUAGACUCCAGCAGUAGCAAUAACUUUGAAGAUAACAAUACUACACCAUAUUCCAAUGCUGACAAUUGUCAAGAUGGUGAAAAUUCUGAACCAUUUGAUAAGAUGUGUCCAAUAUGUGGAGAAAAAUACCAAAAAGAUAUUACAUUUGCAGAUUUUCAGGCCCAUGUAGAAAACCAUUUUCUUGGUGAACCUGAAGUAGAUUCUGUAGACAACUAUGAUACAAUCCCAAAUUCAUUGGACAAUAUGAUGUGAAGGUACUCAAGAUUAAUAAGAUAAUUGCUAAUAUAUUUUAUUUAAAUUGUAAUUUGAUUUUAUAAAUGAUUAUACAAAUUCUAUUGAGAUUAAAGUGAUUUUAAUUACUAAGCAGCCCACAUAUCCUUGACUAUCUCAGUCAAGUGGGGUCAGUAAAAUA